AAAAGUUGAGGUUGGAUGUGGGAUCCUGUCUGAUUCUUUGUCAUAUGAAGACUAUCUGCUGUUUCAUAAAGAGAGAGGGAGAGAGCGAUAGAGAGGCGAGAGAGAGAGAGAGAGAGAGAGAGAGAGAGAGAGAGAGAGAGAGAGAGAGAGAGAGAGAGAGAUAGCGAUAGAGAGGGGGGGGGGUGAAAGGAGUGCAGCUUCAGCAGCAACAGGCACGCUAAAGAAACUUGCAACUAUGUGAAUGGGACAAAAAGCAAAGGCAACAAAGCAUUUAGGGCCCAGCUGAAUCCUGCAUCCUCAGACUGAAUCAGAGAAAGGAGGUCAGUGUGAUGAACAGCAUGCUUCCCCAGAGGAGUGCUGUCGCCACACUGGGCUACAGCUCAGACUGUGUGAAGAUUGAGCACAGCGGCAGUGGCUCAGUGGGUGGGACAUUGCUGAGGGGCUCUCGCUCUAAAGCAGAGCUACAAGACCUGAUGGAGACGCUGCAGCGCAGGAAGAGUGCUCUGGAGGCCAGCUUGAGGGCAGCUGAGUGCAGCCGCAAGUACCUCAGUGUGCCCUCUCCUGUUGGAUCCCAGUCCACAAGGCCUCUGUCAAUCCUCAGCAAUUCCGAACGGCCCCCGUCUGCCUCCAGAACUUUUUCCUACAUGACCAGCAGCAGCAGUGUGCCUCCAUCACCUCGACAAGGUGAACGUCAGCUGAGCCCUAACGGCUUGCAUCGUUAUUCCCACUCUCGCCACCAGUCACAAGACAGUCUGCUCCUCUCUUACGCAGCAGAUGGAAACUCUCUGCUCUCCUCCUAUGGCCAGCCCCUACCUCGUUCCCCCAGGGUCAAAGGUGGAGCAGCCAGCGUGCCGUCCAGUCCUCGCAUGGGCCGCAGGCUCUACUCUCAGGGCAAAGCUGGACAUGACUCCCGGCAGAGGAAAUACUCCACUGGCUCCCUCCACAGCCUGGGGACGCACAGCCGUUCUCUGCCACGGCUUCACAACGCAGCAGAGCCCCCUGCACUGUCGCUACCAUCACGACACUCAGUGGGUUCCCACAGAGGAGUGGGCUCAGCAGGGCAGCGGCGCAGUCUCUCCUCCCUCGAGCAGCCACCAGAUGUGACUGUACCAGCCAGCAUGCCCAGCACUCCCAGGAGGGCCAGCCUGGCCUCCCUGAGCUCUCUGGGUAUAGAUAUAGACGGGACAGGCUCAGAUCUGGGCUUCGGAGAGAGGAGGUUGUCCUUUGGGAAGGGUGGGCUUGGUCCAGGACAAAGCGUGGGCAGCAUCAGUUCCUUGAAUGGCAAAGAGGAGCUUAGAGACUAUCACCAGCACCAGAGAGAUGAACGACUCAGGGAGCAGAAAGUGCAGAGAUUGGAGUGCCAGCGUCUCGAGACCAUCUUAAACCUGGUCACUGAGUUUGGCCAUGUGGAGAGAGAGCCGGCGGGCUCAGCUGUUUCUGACCUGCAGAAGAUCAAUAAGGAAUUGGAGAAGCUGCAGGUGUCAGAGGAUGAGUCAGCGUUCUCUGACUCUCCCAGCGGCGCUGAUCCAGAGAGCUGCUUUGGAGCCAAAGCCAGAGACUUCCAACUCACUGAGAAUCAGCAAGUCAGCCAGCAUCAGCAGAGCGGCUACAGAGAGGCCAGGUCCCACUCACCUGCUAUCAGCCUGAACAGCAGUGCUCCCUCUCCCUCCACCCACCACAGAGCCAAAGCCUUUGAGAGUGUGCAGCUGAAACAGGAAGUAACGCAUAUAGAGGAAGAGAGGAUUCAAGUUCUGAACAACAUAGAAGAGCUGGAGCAGAAGAUCAAAGACCUGGACAACCAGAUGGAGGAGUCUGUCCGAGAGAUGGAGGUGGAGUGUGCUUUGCUGGAAGGGGAACAGGAGUCGGAGAUGGCCCAGCUGCAGAGGGAAAAGGAGCUUCUGGACAAACUUAAGAAAAAAAUGCAUAGUAUUGAGAAGACGAGCCACAUUGAGAAAUCACAGGAGGCUGAGGAACAAACAAAAAGUUUGGAGGAUUUGGAGUUUCAGAAGCUGGAGAAAGAAAUGAAUCAGGAUGAGGAUAAAGAAAAUGAGAGUCAAGAGCUGCUGCAAGAGAUUGCCGAGUGUCAGCGGCUAACAGUCACACGCAAGGAAAGACUCAUGACGCUGAAGAAACAGACCUCACAGAUAACGUUACAGGCUCAGCAAGAAAGAGAGAAUUUCCAGAGAGAGAAAAAUAAUUUGCUCAUCAUGCUUCAGAAGGAAAGAGAGAAACUGGCAACUUUGGAAGGAAAGUAUGCAGAGUUAUCUGAGGGGCAGACCUUCACCAACAACACUGCAGCCAUCAAAGAGAUAGGUUACUCUCUGAAGGAAAGGAGAAGAAUCAGCAAAGACAACUCUUCCCUCCAAAUUGACAGCCUACCUCAUAAGAGGAGCCAGCCGCUCCUCACCUCUUACGGCAGAUCCCUGGGACGCACACUUUCUCCAAAGCCCCACUUGCCUCUUUCCCAAAGCUCGAGCUGUGGCAGCGUCAUCUCACAAGGCUUCAGCUUCUCCCCCAGGGACAUGAGCACCCGCCGCCCCCCUAAAACAGGCAACAGCCGUGCACACAUGAAUGAAGACAGACAGAGAAGAAGUGAUUUUUGCAGCAGGAUGAUCUCUGAGCCCAGUGUGUUCUUGGACUCCUUCUCCUACCCGGACAACAGCCAGGCCUCAGAUACUGUCAGUGUGGACAGCUCUGACAGCCUGGAGACCAGCUUCUCCGCCUGCUCCCCAGACAAUAUCUCCAGUGCCAGUACGUCCAAUAUGGCAAAGAUCGAGGAGAUGGAGCGUUUACUUCGAGAGGCCCAGGCUGAGAAGCAUAAGCUCCUUGAGAAUCGGGAGCGUGAGAUGGAGAUGCGGAGGCAUGCUCUGGAAGAGGAGCGGAGAAGAAGGGAGGAACUGGAGAAACGACUGCAGGAGGAGACAAGCCGGAGACAGAAACUUGUAGAAAGAGAGGUGAAGCUCAGGGAGAAACAAAGAUCACAGUCCCGGUUGUUGACUCGCUACCUCCCUGUGAGGAAAGACGACUUUGAUCUUCACGGCCAUAUUGAGGCAGCUGGACACAACCCUGACGGCUGCUUCCAUCUGGCCAUCACUGAUAAAACCUGUCGAGGCUUUCUGGUCAAAAUGGGUGGCAAAAUCAAGACCUGGAAGAAACGCUGGUUUGUCUUUGACCAGAAUCGCAGGACCCUCACCUACUAUGCAGACAAACAUGAGACCAAGAUGAAAGGAGUCAUUUACUUCCAGGCCAUAGAAGAAGUGUAUUAUGACCAUUUAAAGAGUGCACACAAAAGUCCCAACCCCUCGCUGACGUUCAGUGUGAAGACCCACGAUCGCGUGUACUACAUGGUGGCUCCGUCACCUGAGGCCAUGCGUAUCUGGAUGGAUGUUAUGGUUACGGGUGCAGAAGGACACAUGCAUUUCAUGGUGUAACUGAUCCCAACAGGUCAGGGUUUACACCACUGAAUUCCAUUAGUAAACGUUGUGUCACAUGAGAAGUUUUGCUUUUUUAAAUGAUUUACAGGUGUUAUAAUUAAGCUGUUCUUUAGUUUAAGCUGUUCUUCAGUUGUUUAUGUACUGUGGUCCGUGAGAGGUCACUAAAUCUUGCACCAGUUUAGUUGCAUUGUCCAACUUUAUCCUUCCUUAAACAAAAUCUCUGCCAUCUCAUGCUUAAGUCAACACUUGAUCAGGGAAGCUUCUCAAUGAUUAGAGAGAUCUGCUACACUUCUAAACUGCGGUACAUACUGAUGCUGCUUGUCUAUAAUAAAUGCAUAUCUGCCUUUCUAUAAAUUAGCCUUUGGUAAUGUGUGUAUCUGUCAUGUAGAAACCAGAGUUUAAGUUCUAGGUCCACCUCUGUUUCCUGGCCAUCUUCUUCAACCCUUCUCUCUUCUUCUGGUUGGACGUCAGGCUGUAGCAGUGGGUCAAGAAUGUACAUUUUUAUUUCAACUCAGAUUUAUUAUUUCUAUAUUGUCAGUAAUAUUCAGAUGUAAUUAGUGAGUAUUAUUUUACAUUUUUAACUCAAGCAUUUUAUUGCUGCUGCCAGAUGUAUGCUUGUAUGCUUAUUUAAAGCAGGGCUGAAUGGCCACCAUCAGUUUUCCUUCAAACCACAUACGUCUCUUUGCAUUACCGUACGUUCAUUCCAAUGAGUCUUAUUUUGAACUUCAGUCAUGAAGUAGAGAUGAUUUCAGGCACUUUUCAAGUUUUAUUUUUAUGAAUUAUUAGAAAUUGUUGGCAAAUAUUCUAAUCAUAAAAGUAGAAAAUCUGACCAAAUCCCAAUGAGACUGGGUGUUAUGCCUAACACUGUGCAUCUAGCUCCCUCUAGGGAUAGUAUAGGCUGCAGGCCUGAGAUGAUGAGACCAUGUUGUGCAGCAGGGCUGCUGUACUGUAUGCGUCUGUAUGUACUGCGUCACCCGCAUUUCAUUCUGUUUGUCCACCAGCAGAGGUCCUCAGUGCAGAGUUAUUGCACUGCAAUGACGUAAUGCCUCUGCUUCAGGUCCAUACUCCUCAAUGAUCCAUGUUUUCUAAUGCUUAUACAUCAAAUAUGUGCACGUAUAAGCACAUGCAUAUCAAUCUUCAGUGUUUUUUUUGGAAGCUAAACAGAAAUCAUUUUGAGGAUAUUGAGCACAAACUGAUUUUUUUCAGAUUUUGUUUUGAAUGUUUUAUAACAUGCAUAUGUAUGAUCUGUAUUUUUGUACUAUUUGCAACAGUCUGAGGGUAUUUGAUAAUUAAAGACCACUA